AUGAACUUUCCAGUGACGGGCGGAUUCAUUUUCAUUUGGGUCAGAUUCCCUUUCUCUUUCGCUGUUCCACGAGAGAAGUCUAGAUUUCGUUUAUCGAAUCCGCUGUCUCGUUCGAUCAUGAAGGUGGUCUUCUUGGUAUUCUUAUCCGUCACCAUCUGCGAAGUACUAGCAAAAAAAGAUGCCAGCGAAGAGGACGAUGAAACCGCGUCGCCAGCCGAGAAAAGUUUUUAUUGUUUUUUUUUAUAAGUUUAGGGAUGACUAUUUGGAGGUGUAUUGAUGACUAUUUGGAGUUGAGUUGAACUUUACAGGCCUAGUAAUCCUAAUUAGGUAAAAUAAGGUCGGCCGGUACUUUAUUUUGAACCUAGAUUCUGUAUUUCAAAGUUAAAAUGCGGAGAAAGUUUAUUGAAGCAAUAUAUUUAUGAAAAAGCAACUUUUCUAGUGACAUCCAUAUGAUUCUUUUUAAAAACUUGUUGCAAACAUUGCAUAUUGUACUUUUAAAAAGAAAAAUUGAAGAAAGAUUUGAUAACGAAGAAUCUAUGCGAAUAUGCUUGAACGGAUGGGAGUUAUCCAUGUGGAUUUAAAAAUUGAUUGACAAGCAUUGGACGCAAUGAAACAUGUAGUUGACCAACUUCUUUUUCUUUUGGAAGUAAAAACUUGAAAAAUGAAGCUUGGCUGAGUUUGGGUAAAUUAAAAAGCUGCUAAAAAAAAAAAGAAAAGCGUAUGCAGUUCUACGAGGGGGUGCAUGCGGAAAGAACAAAUUUGCGCGUCGCAACGCUUUUGGAAAUUAUUUCAAGAACAGUUUUAAUGUUUUUGUUGUUGUUUCUUCACGUUGAAACUGUUUGAGUCAGUUUUACUUUCGAUGGAAAUACAGUAAGCAAAUUGAAAAAAAAUUAUUUCUUUCGAAAAAGAACCAGGGAUUUGAGGCGCGCGUGAGUUGAAUUUAUUGCUUCACCCAUGCAACCCCGCCUUAAUAGUUUUCGAGUCAAAAAUAAUUCUCGGAACGCCCUUUUUUAUAAUUUUUUUCAGAUUUUUCGAUUGAAUUUUCCGAAACAUUUUUUUGUAUUGAAUCUCGUUUUCACGCUCUAUAUGAUCAAUGCAUUUGUUCCAUUGUGUUUUUCCUUUUUACGGAAAUCGUUGGCUGUCCCUAACAAUAGGAAAAUAGUUUUAAUGAAGCAUAUUUUUCAGAAAAAAAUAUUUCGAAAAAAAUUGAAAAAAAAUGAACAAUUCCAACUGUUUCAAACCGUCAUAGAUGGAGUGCAGUUCAAAUUUGAAGAAAUUUAAGGACCGGUAUAAAAACAGAAUUAGAAAAAACUAAGAGGUAAAUUUGCAGUGGUCGACCGUUUGGCAGUGAACUUAGCUGGAGCAUUUGUCAAGACAGUUUUUCCUGAAAUGACUCGAGCUGAUAAAACCGAGAAGCCCACACAGCCGCCGCCUACAGAAAUUCGCCGAGCUCCAAUCAAUCCAUUAUCUGCUGGCUUGGAAUCUUAUUCACGUAUCCUUCAAUUGAUCUUUUCAAUGUAAAAUGUGUUGAUUAAGCUGGGCAAGUGCUUUCUGAGUACAAUGCUCUGCCACAACUCGGCCAAACGGGCGACUCACCUCGAAACCCCUUUGCCUACCAAUCUCAGAUGCCUGCUCAAAGGUCAUUGGUUCCGCAGGUUAGACUUCUGAUCAUUUUUUAAAUUUUUCGAACCUUUUUGCAUCAGCUGUCUUCAAAAGGCGUGAAAAUCGGAGGUUCACAUAAGUUUCUCCACAUUAUUUAUCUUGCAUUUUUAUUCAAAAAACUCUCACAUUCACCAUCUUCUCGGUUUUUCACAUAGAAGAGUUUUUUAGACACAAAGCCUUUCCCCUGGCAGCGCAUUAGGAGGAAUGGAUUUCCCGAAUCUUUUGGCUAACGGUCCUGGAACUCCAGAAGCAGUGAACGCCGUCAGAAAUCAAGCCUACCUUGCGGUUUUUCAAACGCAGCGGCUUUUAGAAUUAUUUUUCUCAGGAACUCUCGAAACAUCAAUCCGAACUGAGCACUUACAGCGCGAAGCAGAUGGAAUACCUUGACCAACAAAGAAGGUACCAACAGGCUAUGAUUGACCAUCAAGCUGGCGCGGCGGUUGGAAAAUGGAUUUUUGAUCUUAUUUAUAACUUCCUCAUUUAGCUUCUCAUGCAAAAACAACAGCAAGAAGUUAUAAACGAGCAAAUUCGGAAAAUGAAAGAGUCUUAUAAUCUUGGAGAAGAAAUCCCGGCUAACAAUGACAAUACAGUUGGAGGACGGGUGAGUGGAUCGAUUUGACACCUUGAUCAGUUUGAUCGAUUUGCAUUUUUCUUGAGAUAGGAAAAUUUUUAAGAUUUUGCUCGACUUCAGAAGGAAAAAAAAGUCACGACAAAACCACGCAAAUCUUUGUUCAAAAAAUCUCUCUAAUACAUGAUAACCUCAAAAAUUAGAAACGUUUUUCGAGCUUUUCCGGUAGUUCUAAAAGUCGUACAAUAUUUUUGCGCUAUCGAACACCGAAUAAAAAACUUUGGGAAAUUUUUAAACAAAAAAUUUUUGUUUUCCGAAUCUUAUUGAAGUUUAUUGUUUACAGCUUCUAACAGCAAAAAUGCGUGGCGCAAAGACUAUGAAGGUUCCAGUCAACAAAGGUUAGAGCCAAAGUUUUUCUCAAUUACAGAGAAUUCAGCCUACGCCGACGAUGAGGUCAUCACCAGCGACGCUCACCUGAAAGAUUAUUUCAAAGAUCGUUACGGUAUCGAAAUUCCAGAUGACGUAACGCAGUUAUCUGCUGAUGAAAGAGCAACUCUGAGGUUUUCGGGAAACAAAUUUUUCAAAAUUUGAUUUUAUUUCCAGCGAGCUCAAGAGACAAUUGACCAAACAAAGAGAGAAGGCUAUUGAAAAAGGACCUUUCCGCACAAUGGAUGGUCUGAAAGGGUACUUCUUUUUCCCAAUCAAUUUUUUUUCUAUCCUGAUACUUCAAUAGACUUUGGGACCAAAAUUUUUCAAAACAUCACUAAGUUUUUUUGGAGCCUAAAAGAAAACAUGAUAGAAAGCAAAAAUAUGAAGGUUUUGUAGUUUCGUGCCAGAAGAUUAACCCUUUUGCAAAGUUUCAAAAACUUAAACCGAAGGUCGUAAGCACUUCUUUUUUCGAUGACGAUAUUUCAGAAGAAUGAAGCCCAAGAGGACAACGAAAAGUUCCACUGGCGAUUCGUGCGAUCAGUGCAUUCCUUUGGAAGCCAACAUGAUCCAGGGCGCUUGGACUCAGGUGAAAAAAAAACGUUUUUCCUUUGAAAGUUUUUUUUUCUUAAGAUAUACGGAAAUCCAAAAAGUUUGAACAAAGUUUUUGGCACUGUCAUGAGCCUUGAAGACAUUCACUCAGCUUCUCACACCGCUAAAAUGUCGAAGAAGAAAGUUUCCUGUGUUGGUCUGGAAGGUUCAAAUGUUACAAAUCGUGGUGAGAAAAUAUAUUCACUAAUUUAGUCGGCAAAAAAGGGAAACAUGGAGCGAAAGUCAACCUUUUCUUCCGCGAAAAAGGCGAAGGAAACGAGUUACAUGAGGUUAUUUAGUUAUGAAUCCUUGAGCUAAUGAAAAGAUCAAAAAUUCAGAUGAAAGGAACAGUCGCAAUCAGUGGAGAUGUGAUGCAAAUCGACACGAAUCUUUACAGAACUAACAGUUAUUAGAGUUUUCUUGGAAGUUUAAACAUAAUUAUUCAGUGUGUUUGGUGAAAGCUGGUCCAUCGGAGUCCGAUCGAUAUGAGUACAUUAUUUUGGCUGAAACUAUUGGAGAAAAUGCUUGCGGGUAACUUUUCUUUAUUUUAUGUAACCGACCAAAACAGUUUGCGCAUUGAGAACGCGAAAGGUAAGAACUAGAAAUCGAAUUUCAAGAAAAAGCUAUGACAACUUCGAAAGAGUAUUUAAAUACAAUUUUUCAAAUACAUAUGGAAUUUUUUUAAAGCUAUUAAAAUUUCAAAAAUUCUUGAAAGAGAUUUUAACAGUAUGCAGAGCAAACUUUGAUCUAAAAACUUUUUUUCAUGGGAUAAAAAAAAUAGGAAAGGAUGAGAAAUUUUCCAGACCCUUUUUUUUCCACAUUUUAUAAUCACAAUCUCCCAAUCUUUACUUUUUCAUAACAUAUUCACAACAUUUUGUACUAAUUUUUUUAUCUGAAUCUCAAAGCGAUUUUUUUCCGAUUUUUUUCAAACCGCGAGGGAACCUUUCUUCGGGUGCUUCUCUGUCGGAAAGUUCCCUAAUGACAUGAAAAAAUUUGAAAAGUCACCGUUCAAAUUUUCCCAGGUCUUUUUUCAUACCACCAAAAUUUUAACUUGAAAAUAAAAAAAGUUUGUGAUUUAAAGCAAUGUAAUGAAAAAGAUAAUAAGAGAAAAAAAUUGAAAAAAAUUGAUUUUUUUCCAGAAUAUAUCAUGUUUUUUUGCGCGCAACACCGAUGAGUUUAAACGAAGACACAUCGACGACGUCUCAGACUUCAUGA